CGGGAGGCAGGUGUGGGAGGCCUGCGCGGACUUGGGAAGCGUCUGUGUGGGGCCGGGACGGUCCGGCGCGACCAUGGACCGGAGGAAGAAGCCUUUGGAUGUCACGGCCUCCUCGUUAGUAGAUCUUAAGGCCGAACUCUUCCGAAAACAAGAAGAAUUCAAACAAGAAAAACUUCUAAAAGAUUCUGGAGUUUUGGGAAAACCAAAAACAGCUAAUAAGAAACCAAGUAUCUGGAGCAAACAGAAUGCAGGAGUUUCAAAUCGAGCUGAGAAGGAUGCUGAACAGAAGAUUGAGGAACAGAAGACUUUAGACAAAGCAAGGGAAAAAUUGGAAGAAAAAGCCAAACUGUAUGAAAAAAUGACUAAAGGAGACUUUAUAGAUGAAGAAGUGGAAGAUAUGUACCUCGUGGAUUUCACACAGAAGAUCAUAGACAAGCGCAAAGAAAUGGAGGCAUCUGGUGCCAACAGAGAUUCUCGAAAGGCAGGAGAAAGGAAUGAUGAAGAAGAAAGUCUUCUUGAAGGAGAUAUACCUCCUCCCCAAGACUCCAGUGAAGAAUGGGUGGAUUAUGUGGACUCCUUAGGGCGAUCCCGGCGCUGCAUGAGAAAGGAUUUGCCACAUCUGCUGGAGAUGGAUAAAAGUCUUCAGGGGAGACUUUUCAUUAGUCCUGCUAAUGAAAAAACCCUGUUAUCUGAAGACAUGAGAAAAGAACUUCAGCGCCAGCAAUGGGAGGAAGAAGAAAGGGAGGCUCUGGAAAGGCCGAUGGGGCCCGUGCAUUAUGAAGACAUCCGGGAAAACGAGGCCCGGCAACUUGGUGUUGGUUAUUUUGCCUUUGCCAGAGACAAAGAGUUGAGAAACAAACAAAUGAAAACUUUAGAGAUGCUGCGUGAACAGACAACGGAUCAGAGAACAAAACGAGAAAACAUAAAGGAAAAGCGAAAGGCUAUGUUAGAAGCAAGGCUUGCCAAACUUCGACAAAAAAAGAUGAAAAAACCAAAAGAAGAUGGAGCAGAAGAAGAAAAUAGAGAUGGAGAUGUUAUUGAGCCUUUGUCACUGGAACCAGAGGCUUUGCUUACUCCACAUACUGUGGCUCAGACUAGCAAAGUAGAGGUCAUUGUCCAAGAGAGGAAGGACACCAAGCCUGGAGUGCCACAUGUGCGGGAGUGGGACCGAGGAAAAGAAUUUUCUUUUGGCUACUGGUCGAAGAGGCAGUCAGAUCUCCGGGCAGAGAGAGAUCCUGAGUUUGCCCCGCCAUCAGAUUACUUUGUGGGUCAAAGGAGAACUGGUUCUUUCAGUAACCAGACAUGGAGCAGACCUGGACCAGCACAGAGUGACCCAAGGCAGCACUCUGGCCAGAGCCACGAACCCAGCUCUUCACAUACGUCAUCCCCUCCUGUCCCUGAAAGUUCACCACAAGUCCCACCGGUCACUUUUGAAACUCUGGAUGAUAUGAUCUCAUAUUAUAAACAAGUGACAUGAGCUUAAAAAGCGUUUCUAAGCUGGGUUUGUACUGUUGAAGGUGGAGUCCUCACCCAGAGAAGGAGAAAUAACUUUAGGGACCGAGUUGCACCUUUUGUGCUCUGUCCUUUCCCUCGAAGGCACAGACUUCAGGUUGGAUUCAUCAGCAAAGAAGAAACUGAGUGAUACUAUGGGGACUCUCUUGGCCACUUGGCUGUUUAUUUCUUUCUAACUGGUGUAGAGACAUACUCAUCUGAAUUUACAUGUGAGCUCUGACAGAGCAGGAAUAUUUAUUCUGUAAAAUUUUACAGUGAGGAGCUUGUGA